GAAGCGAACGGAGUGUCGCUCGUAACCAGCUGUAAGUAACAGUGAAAGCGAGGAGAGACUCGGGAUGUAAACAGAGGCGAAAGCGCUUAGAGGCCGAAGCGUGGCCGCGCCGAGUAGUGGCAGGAGUCACUUCUCACGUAAAAGCACAAUCGCACGACUUUUUGCCCAGUCGUCGGUGCCGCGUCGCACCACUCGAGAACCGUCGAUUGAGCGCGAUGGACAAGCGUAUGUGCUGGUUAGCGCUCUGCUGGCUACUCGGCGGCUGCCUCGACAACAAAGACGACAAGAGCAUCGCGGACGGCCACCUUUGGCUCAGGCCGCACAGCUACGUCACCCGCUGGGACAAGGUCAACGUCGACGAGAUACUCGCCAGUAAGAGGCUGCUCCAGCACUACUUCAACUGCCUCGUAUCCAAGGGUCCUUGUCCACCCGAUGGGCGGGAGCUCAGACGCGCUCUUCCUGAAGCUUUGGAGGAUGCGUGCGCAAAGUGUACCAAGAGCCAAAGGGAAGGUGCUAUAAAGGUCAUACGUUACUUAAGAGAGUUUGAACCGGAAAAAUUUGAAAUUCUUGCAAGCAAAUAUGAUCCACAUGGUGUUUAUAGGAAAAAAUAUUUGGAACCACCACCAGAGGAAACGAAUAGCUUGAGUGAUCAUCCUAGCGAUAAUCGACUAAAGGAUCUUGUUAAAAGACAGAGCCGUCGACCUUGACUUGUUCUCUAUACGUUUAGAUAUUAUUUUGAUAAAUAGCAUCAUUGUUCCUAGCUUCAACUUUGAGAUUCAUUUACAGUUUGUUUUGUAAUUGUCUUAUUUCUACUCUACUAUGAUAAUUAUUUAUUUUACACUAACUCUUAAUGCGUAUUUAUGAUAUGAUAUGGCAUGUAAAUUAAUCAAAGCAGAAUAACAUUAUUCUUUGUGUUAAUAAUGCGUGAAUUAAUAAACCGUUGAUUUUUUAAAAUUAUUA